AUGGAAGGGCAGCUUCUUGAGUAUGAGACUGAGAUGUUUCUGAAUCUCUUUGCCACGGAUGGAUUACUUAUAACGGCAGAAGGACUUGGCGUCGACCGCAUUCUGUUGCAAUUCUUGAGAGUGUAUUCAGAGGAGGGCAGUUUGGUACUUCUCCUGAACACAACCACACCUGAACAGGAGUACUUUACGGAGCAGUUGCGAGCAGAGGGAGUUACUCACCUUCCAAAGACCGUGACUAGCGAUGUGCAGAGCGGUGAACGGUACGAUGUUUACGUUCAAGGAGGUGUACUGUUUGUCACCAGCCGUAUCCUAGUGGUGGACUUCCUAACUGAUCGAAUUCCUGCACACCUCAUCUCAGGAAUCUUGGUCUACCGUGCCCAUAAGAUCAUCGAGUCUUGCCAGGAGGCUUUCAUCUUGAGAUUGUUCCGACAAAAGAACAAAACGGGGUUCAUCAAAGCCUUCACAGAUAAAGCACCAGCGUUCUCCACUGGAUUUUGCCAGGUUGAGCGUGUCAUGAGAAACCUUUUUGUGAAGAAACUGUUUCUCUGGCCAAGAUUUCAGGCAUCAGUGAACUCUGUGCUGGACAGACACAAGCCUGAUGUCAUUGAACUGCAUGUGUCUCUGACCCCAGCCAUGAGGGCCAUUCAGAGCUCUAUUCUGGACAUCAUGAAUGCAUGUCUGAAGGAGCUGAAAAGAUACAACCCAAUGCUGGAAGCUGAGGAUCUCUCUUUGGAAAACACUCUAGGCAGCGCCUUUGAGAAAACUAUUCGGCAUUACCUUGAUCCUCUGUGGCAUCAGCUCGGAGCCAAGACCAAAUCGCUCGUACAGGACUUGAAGAUUUUGCGCACUCUUCUUCUCUACCUCACUCAGUAUGACUGUGUCACCUUCCUUAACCUGCUGGAGUCUUUGCGUUCCAGCCAGAAAAAUUUUGGAAGCAAUUCAGGAUGGUUAUUUCUGGACUCAAGCACAUCUAUGUUUGUAAAUGCUCGAAGCCGUGUUUAUCGCAUUCCCGAGUCCAAAAAGAAGCUGAAGGUGUCUGGUGAAUUGGACCAAAAGCCAAGCAGUUCAGCUCCUUUGAAAAGAGAGCUUGUGUUGGAGAGGAAUCCGAAAUGGGAGGCUUUGUCAGAGGUGAUGCAGGAGAUCGAAAAGGAGAACAACAGCUCUGAACAUGAACCAGGCCGCGUGUUGAUAUGUGCGAGUGACGACAGAACCUGCGCCCAGCUGAGAGAGUAUCUUCAACGCGGAGCAGAUUCUCUCCUCAACCGCCUCUAUUCUCGCACCGUUGGCAAAGACGACGUCAACCCUGAGCCAGGACCCGGCAACAAACGCGGUAAAAGCAGGUCCAAGAAAGGCCUUGGCAAAACCUCCAAAGCCAAGAACUCUAAACCCAAGAAAGGAGAAGCUAAUGCAAAGAGACAGAGACCUUCCCUCACUCUCACUCAGAUGGUCGGAAAGGAGGAAGGAGUUGAGAUGGAAAUAACGGGAGGCAGUGGAGAUGAAAUAGAACAAGACGAAGAGGAGGCAGAAGAAGAAGAAGAAGAAGAAAAAGAGGAAGUUCUCCUAAACCUUUCUUCUGAUUCCUAUUAUGGCAUUUUGAAGGAACCGCUGACAGUCAUCCAUCCACUGAAAGGAUGUAGUGACCCCUACAGCUUGACACGGGUAUUGCACGAGGUGGAACCCAUGUUUGUAGUCCUCUAUGAUGCCGAACUGAGUUUUGUUCGCCAGCUGGAAGUGUAUAAAGCCGCCAGACCGGGCAAACCUCUACGUGUGUAUUUCCUCAUAUAUGGGGGCUCCACCGAAGAGCAGAGGUAUCUGACCACACUGCAUAAAGAAAAACAAGCAUUUGAGCACCUUAUCAGGGAGAAGGCCAGCAUGGUGGUGCCAGAGGAGAGAGAGGGACGAGAGGACACUAACCUGGAUUUGGCUCGUAGUGAAGAACCUGCUAACUGUACCACCAACAGCCGCAAAGCAGGAGGACAGGAACAGGUGAAAGAGCCGUCUCGGGUCAUCGUGGAUAUGAGAGAGUUCCGUAGCGAGCUGCCCUCCCUGCUCCAUCGGCGGGGUUUGGACAUCGAGCCUGUGACUCUGGAGGUGGGCGACUACAUCCUGACCCCUGACAUCUGCGUGGAGCGCAAGAGCGUUAGCGACCUGAUAGGCUCCCUGCAGAAUGGUCGCCUCUACACCCAGUGCCUGUCCAUGACCCGGUUCUACCGCCGGCCCGUGCUGCUCAUCGAGUUCGACCCAUCCAAGCCUUUCUCCUUGGUCGCCCGUAGCGACCUGCGGCAGGAAAUCUCCGCUAACGACGUCUCUUCCAAACUGACGCUCCUCACCCUCCAUUUUCCCCGUUUGAGAUUACUCUGGUGCCCCUCGCCUCACGCCACGGCCGAACUCUUCCAGGAGCUGAAGCAAGGUCGCCCGGAGCCCGAUGCUACAGCUGCCCAGGCCAUAACGGUGGAGUCGGACACCGUGGCGGAGUCAGCAGAACUGUACAACCCCGGGCCAUACGAUUUCCUGCUUCGUAUGCCUGGUCUCAACGCUAAGAAUUUCAGAGCUAUCGUCAAAAAUGUUGCCAGCCUAGCUGAGCUUGUCACACUGAGCCUAGAAAAACUGACUGAGAUUCUCGGUAGUGCAAGUAAUGCCAGACAACUGUAUGAAUUUCUUCACAAUUCGAUGGAUGUUGCUGCAGCUCAGAAGAGUAGGUAA